GACACAAAGGAGGCGCAAUUAGAAUGCCACGUACUGCCUCCCGCGCUUCACAUUUUUAGCUCCAAAUUUCCCCUCCCAACACCCAACUAGAACCUCCGAGUGAAGAAGGCCGGCCAUGGCCGCCGUGGCUAGCACCACUUCUAUUCUCAACAACUUUCCAAGAAUCAACAAAUUUAAAGAAAGCCCUUUUCUCAAUUAUCUCUCCAUCAAUUAUCUCUCCAGAGGGGUUUUCCCUACUGAGAAUUGCGCAAGACCCUCAAAAAUGACAAUUUGCAGGACCCAAAUGAAAAUGGUUAAACCCAAUAGCUUCAAGAACACUUCUUUUGUGAAUCAUAAUGGUAGAAUUUACAACAGGCUUGAGUCUUGUUUGGUCAUUCCUCCUCCAAGAGGGAAAAAACCCAAAGCCAUUAUUAAAUUCUUGGGAGGUGCUUUUGUUGGAGCUGUCCCUGAAGUUACUUACAGCUAUUUGCUGGAGCAACUGGCAAAUGAAGGCUAUUUCAUUAUCUCGGUGCCAUAUAACGUGACAUUUGAUCAUGAAAAAGUAACUAGGGAGAUUUAUGAGAGGUUUCAUGCUGGCUUUGAUUUGAUUUUGGGGUCUGAAUUGCCAGAAUAUGGCCUUUCACCUGAUGAUAUUGUUGAUCUUCCACUUUACUCGGUAGGCCAUAGCAAUGGUGCACUUCUACAAGUGCUUACUGGAAGUUAUUUUUGUGAGAAGAUACCCAAGGCAAAUGCAAUAAUAUCAUACAACAACAGGCCAGCGUCGGAGGCAGUACCAUACUUUGAGCAGUUAGGACCUCUUGUCAGUCAAAUAUUUCCAAUUAUGGAAGCGUCUCCAGUAUAUUCAUUCACUCGAAAUGCCUCAGCAGAUGCAUGGAAAAUACUACUUGAUACUGCUGGAACCAUGAUUCCAGAUUACGAUCCAGAAGUGGCAGUGUCAGUCAACAAGUUUGUUGAUCAGUUGCCGGCUGUUUUUAAUCAGCUUGCUGAAGGAAUUUCGGAGUUCAGGCCAACACCCUCUGAGAAUCUUGACUGUUUCCAGAAGUCAUACAAUGUUCAGCAUACAUUACUGGUCAAGUUCAAUGUUGAUGCAAUUGAUCAGACUGAUCUCCUUGAAGAGACACUGAAGCCUCGAGUGGAAUCUAUUGGUGGAAAACUACAGAAAAUAACAUUGAAUGGAACUCAUAUUACACCUUGCAUACAGGAACCUAGAUGGCAAGUGGGAGAUAUAUACUCGCCUGUAGAUGCCGUUGCUCAAGGUCUUAAGACAAUUUCUUUGAACGACACUAGAGUCCUCACAAGAACAAUUACAGAUUGGUUUAGUCAACUUGAAGGAUAGAGACACAUAAAUCAGACCCAUGAUGCGGCAAUAUCUGAAUCGUGUGAAUCCUUCCUGGUAGUGGGUUGACCUUCUUCCCUUUGAGUUGUUUGCAUAGAAUUUUUCUCGGAAAGUUUUGCAUGGAAAAGCAUCCUAUGUUUGCAUAGAACUUUCUAGGAAUUUGCAGGGAAAUGCAUCCUAUGAUGCAUAGGAUGCAAGGAAUUUGGUUAGAUAUGAUAUAAAUACGUAAUUUUGAUAGUUGUAGGCAUCAUUACAUGGCUUGUGAAAUAUAAAUCUCAGACACUUUGUCUCUGGAGUUCUGCGCACACUCACACAGAUGCUUCUUCAAAAGGCACGUCAACAUUUAGCUUACUUUUGGUAAUUGAUACCAGCAAUCAGUUGUUUUCUACUUGGUGAUACUGAGAUUUAUGUGGUAGCCUUGUGCAUAGUCUGCGGGGAGGGGCAGACUGUACAUCUAAAUCUCCUAUUAGCAUCAUCUGAUACGCUUUGUCACGUCUUGUAAUCUUUUCCUUUAGGUGUAUGUCUUUUGCA